UGGAUUUGGGAUCGCUUUCUAGGUAGACGAGAGAAAAUUGCCAGCUGAAAAUUAUGUCAUCGCGGCCGAGGAGUGGAUUCGGAUGCGUUUCCUCUGCUGGCUGAUUGACAACCCCUUGCAUGGAAAAGGAGCCUAUAUAAAGCAGACGAGCGCACCGCUGGAAAGCCACUUAAAGAAAUCCCAGCCAGAGGCAAAGAGGGGUUUUUCCACAAACCCACCGAGGACUGCCCUUGGAAGGCGCUUGGCUUUGCACGCGUCCUCAGCGACUUGAGCUUGGAUUCCCUGGGGUACGCAUAGGCAUUAUGGUACACAGGAGCUGGCUGUUGUGGCUAUCAAUUUUGCUGACAUUUUGGAUGUUGUCAGAGGCUCAAGAUGGUGACAGAGAGGAUGAGACCACUUUUGACUUACUGCAAAUCAGCAAUAUAAACAGGAAGACAAUUGGAGCAAAAGUGUUUCGGGGGAACAUUUCCAGUGGUCCAGCAUACCGUUUCAUCCGGUUUGAUCACAUACCUCCUGUUAACGCAGAUAAAUCGGAACAGAUUAUUAAACUAAUCCAGCAAAAUGAGGGCUUCAUCCUCACAGCCACCUUGAGGCAAGAUAGGAGAUCCAGAGGAACCCUCUUUAGUCUGGAAGGACCUGGUAUCUCUCAACGACAGUUUGAGAUUAUUUCUAAUGGGCGAGACAAUACCCUGGAACUUUCCUACUGGGUAGAUGGCUUCCUCAAGGUGUAUCCUUUGGAAGAUGUGGACCUAGCUGAUUCCCACUGGAAGAAUAUCACAGUACAAAUAACAGGAGAAAACUACAGUCUCUAUGUUGGCUGUGACCUCAUUGACAGCAUAAACCUGGAGGAGCCUUUUUAUGAAUACAUAAGAACAGGGGGAAAUAGAAUGUAUGUGAUAAAGGGAUCUAUCAGAGAAAACCACUUCCGGGGUCUCCUACAAAAUAUUCAUCUAGUUGUUGAAACUUCAAUAGAGGAUAUUUUAUACAACAAAGGAUGUCGGAGGGGGCAGUCAGCUGAAAUGAACACCAUCAAUGAGAACACAGAAAUCCUUCAUCUUAACCCUUCCAUCAUGACCGAAUAUGUUGGUGAAAAGCCAGAGAAGAAGCCAGAGUUCUGUGAUCGCUCUUGUGAGGAGCUUGGAUCUAUGUUUACUGAACUCACUGGACUGCGUAUUGUUGUCAAUGGUUUAACAGAAAAUCUACAAAAAGUGUCGAAGGAGAAUGAAAUCAUGUGGGAAUUACUUGGCCCCAACAAAACACUCAGGAACCAGUCAGCUUGCUGGCAAGAUGGGCGUGAAUUUGCAAAUAAUGCACAGUGGGUUGUGGACAGCUGUACAAAGUGUAACUGCCAGAACUCUAAGACAAUAUGCCAUAAAAUCACCUGCCCAGCAGUGCACUGUGUCAGCCCAUUAUUUGCAGAUGGCGAGUGUUGUCCUGUCUGCUCUUACCCUGAUGACAGUGAAGAGGGCUGGUCUCCCUGGUCAGAGUGGACAGAAUGCUCUGUCACAUGUGGUUCUGGAACCCAGCAGCGAGGAAGGUCAUGUGAUGUCACGAGCAACACUUGCCGAGGCCCGUCCAUUCAAACCAGAAUCUGUUCCCUUGGCAAAUGUGACAAUCGCAUACGUCAGGAUGGUGGCUGGAGCCAUUGGUCUCCUUGGUCUUCCUGUUCUGUAACCUGUGGAGUAGGCAAUAUAACUCGCAUACGACUCUGCAACUCCCCAAUCCCACAGAUGGGUGGGAAAAACUGUAAAGGCAGUGGCCGGGAAACUAAAGACUGUGAAAGUGUUCCAUGUCCAAUCAAUGGACGAUGGGGCCCUUGGUCUCCAUGGUCUACUUGCACAGUUACCUGUGCAGGAGGGAUUCGAGAAAGGUCUCGCCUCUGCAACAGUCCACAGCCUCAGCAUGGUGGAAAGGCAUGUGUGGGAGAUGUUAUGCAAUAUGAUAUGUGCAACAAACAAGACUGUCCAGUAGAUGGAUGUUUGUCAAAUCCUUGCUUUCCUGGAGCAGAGUGCAACAGUUAUCCUGAUGGUUCUUGGUCCUGUGGCCAAUGUCCUGCUGGUUACCUUGGAAAUGGAACAUUCUGCGAGGACCUGGAUGAGUGUGUGGUAGUGCCAGACAUUUGCUUUAAAUUAAAUCAGAACCACCGUUGCAUAAACACAAAUCCAGGAUUCCAUUGCUUGCCAUGUCCUCCACGCUACAAAGGAACUCAGCCUUAUGGGGUGGGCCUUGAAGCUGCCAAGAAAGAAAAGCAAGUAUGUGAACCUGCAAACCCUUGCAAAGACAAGACACACAACUGCCACAGAUCUGCAGAGUGUAUCUACCUGGGACAUUUCAGUGAUCCCAUGUACAAAUGUGAAUGUCUAACAGGCUAUGCUGGUGACGGAUUCAUCUGUGGUGAAGAUUCUGACCUUGAUGGAUGGCCCAAUAAUAACCUGGUCUGUGCUGCCAAUGCUACUUAUCACUGCAGAAAGGAUAACUGUCCUCUUCUGCCAAAUUCUGGACAAGAAGACUUUGAUAAAGAUAAAAAAGGUGAUGCCUGUGAUGAGGAUGAUGACAAUGAUGGUGUAGAGGAUGAUAAAGACAAUUGUCCUCUUCUUUUCAAUCCCCGUCAAUUUGAUUAUGACAAGGAUGAAGUUGGUGACCGCUGUGAUAACUGCCCUUAUGUGCAUAAUCCUGCUCAGAUUGACACCGACAAUAACGGAGAGGGAGAUGCAUGUGCAGUGGACAUUGAUGGAGAUGAUGUUUUCAAUGAACGAGAUAAUUGCCCGUAUGUCUACAACACAGACCAGACAGAUACAGAUGGGGAUGGAGUUGGCGAUCAUUGUGAUAACUGUCCUCUAGUGCACAAUCCUGAUCAGACUGAUAUUGAUAAUGACUUGGUUGGUGACCAAUGUGACAACAAUGAGGACAUAGAUGAAGAUGGUCACCAGAACAACAAAGACAACUGUCCUUACAUUUCCAAUGCCAAUCAGGCUGAUCAUGACAAGGAUGGUAAAGGGGAUGCUUGUGAUCCUGAUGAUGACAAUGACGGGGUCCCAGAUGACCGAGACAACUGCCGCUUGACAUUCAAUCCUGACCAGAAGGAUUCAGAUGGUGAUGGCAGAGGUGAUAUCUGCAAAGAUGAUUUUGACAAUGACAGAGUCCCUGAUAUUCAUGAUGUGUGUCCUGAAAAUGAUGCCAUUAGUGAGACUGAUUUCAGAAAGUUCCAAAUGGUGCCCCUGGAUCCUAAAGGAACAGCUCAGAUUGAUCCAAAUUGGGUUAUUCGUCAUCAGGGCAAAGAACUUGUACAGACUGCUAACUCAGAUCCUGGCAUAGCUGUAGGUUAUGAUGAGUUUAGUUCUGUUGACUUCAGUGGGACAUUCUACGUUAACACAGAUCGGGAUGAUGAUUAUGCUGGGUUUGUCUUUGGCUAUCAGUCCAGCAGCCGAUUCUAUGUGCUGAUGUGGAAACAAGUUACUCAGACUUAUUGGGAGGACAAACCCACCAGAGCUUAUGGUUACUCAGGAGUAUCACUUAAAGUAGUAAACUCUACAACUGGUGUUGGAGAACAUCUGAGAAAUGCCCUUUGGCAUACUGGAAACACUCCUGGACAGGUGCGUACUCUGUGGCAUGACCCUAAGAAUAUUGGAUGGAAAGAUUAUACUGCCUACAGGUGGCAUUUAAUCCACAGGCCUAAAACAGGAUUAAUAAAGGUAUUAGUAUAUGAAGGGAAACAGAUAAUGGCAGAUUCUGGGCCAAUCUAUGACACAACCUAUGCUGGUGGACGGUUAGGUCUUUUUGUCUUUUCUCAAGAAAUGGUAUAUUUCUCUGACCUCAAGUAUGAAUGUAGAGAUGUCUGAGCUACGGCCAUUGCAUAACCAGCAAAGUACUGUAGAUGCUAUUCAACCUAGACACCUCUGUACAUCCUGGUACUUCAGCCCCCUCACUCUCUUUCAUCUCUCCUUUUGGCUUACUCCCCUGAUUUUCUACUUCUGUGCUGCCAGGAGAGAUACCUCCAGUCCUAUAACAAGUGCCUUUGAAGAGCUUGAACUGGCAGGGCCUAAAUGUGAGCAUUGAAUCCACCACUGAAGCAAAAGCAGAUUGAUGUGUCGAAUGAAAAUAUGGCAGAUACAUUAUUCAUUGUUAACAGAAUGGUGUUUACAUUUAAAGCACUUAAUGUAUUUGAAGUACUUAAAUACUUAAUGUAUUUAUAUAAAUAUGGAAUAAAUGGAGGGAGGUCUUGCAUCAAUUAAAGAAGGAAGAGCAGCUUCUUAAGACGUCCACAUUACUAUCUCAGUUCAGGGAUGGGCCCUGGUGACAUAAAGCCUAGAAAUGAAUUUCAGCCAAGUUAGAAAGGACCAAAUCCUACCCUCAUGAAGUAACAAGCCAUUGGAAAAUACGGCACAGCCAAACAAGAAGGUGGUUUAUUAUCUCCUUAACAUGUUAAUGAUUUUUGAGAUGUAUCAUGUGCCUGAAGAUUUUAGAAUAGAGCUCCCUCUUGUAAAAACAAACACUAAUACAACAUUUGAUGUUGUUUUGCUUUAAUAAGAGGUAUUGCAUGGCUUUUGUUUUUGAAUUUCAACAGUACAGCUAGACAUCCUGAAGGAAUCUUUCGGUUCUGUUCUAUGACAGUGAAUUUGCAAUUAUUUUUGUGGAGGCAUACACAUAAGAAUGUUAUUUCAGAAAAGUUCAUCCAAUAAUUCACAUUUUAUUGAAUGAAUCCUCCCACUAUACUUCAUGGAAAUGACUCCAGUAUUCAUUCACUAAUCCUGCAAGGGGCCAUAAAAUGACGCAAACAUGAAAAAUCUUUUUAAGUAUAUGUUCACACAAAAUUGUUCCACUUGCUUCACGAAUGAAACAAUACUGAAUGAAAUCUUGCCAGCAUCACAUAAUCAACAUUCUCUGCAACUGUUCUAUUGAUAUUAAUAGGACUGUUCUGGAGUCAACAAAAUGGGUUGUGCAUGCAUUCCACUUGUCCAAUUUACACUUUUCCAAUUUUAAUCUACAUUCCCUUUUAUAUUUCAGAUCCACAACCAGUAUUUCACUUUAUACCAUGUAAUCUGCCAAUAAUGACUAUAUGGAACAGUAUCUAGAGCUUGGCCACUGUGUUUUUUAACAUCCUGAAAUAUUACACAUGUAUUCAAUGCAAUCUUAAGCAAUGAGAUGAACUAAACAUUACUGUUUUAAAGAGUUGGGUUCAGGUUUCUUUGGAAUGGUGUUAGGGAUGGGAAGGGAAAGAGAAGGGCUCCUGCCUCUCCUUGAAGUCAUGUUCCUAGGCAGGAACCAUACCAGGAGGUAUUUCCCCAGAUUUGGUGCUCCAUGUACACAGAUACUCCACAGCAAAAAUAGAAAAUUUAUCUAUCUCACUGUUUUUUCAGAGCAUGAAACAGUCAUUGGGCAAGGGGAGGUGCCUUCCCUACUCUCGCAGUCCCAUUCCAAGCAUUUGAGCUCUCCCUUUAUUAAAGAAGCUGUUCCCCACAGCUAACAUUUAGUUUGUCCCAAAGUUAUGCCCUGCUAAGAAGUAAGACAGCAAUGGGUUUAGAAGGUGGUACUUUGUUUAAGAUUACUCUGCCCUUGGGCAAGUGGCAAACUCACCUUUCAGAGUGUGGAAGUAUUUUUUUCUUGGGGAAAAAAAGAAUUACUAUGAACUUCUUUUGCAUUAGCAAUAAAAACAUUUCUGUGAGUACGACGGUUCUGAAGAACUGUUUGUGUGCAUAGAAAGUUCAGAGGGCCCAUUUCCCUAAUUCUGCUGCAACAAGCACUUUGAUUCCUUGAUCUGGGUUUUUGUGAAGGUGCCAAUGCUACCAUUACCAAAAUCUGGUAACAUAUUACGGUUCUAGUUAUAAGGACAUCAGUGCUAUUUAUUGUUAUAAUGUGCAGCUAUGUUUGCCAGUAAUUUAUUUGUGAAGUCUACCGGAGAGCACAUUAAAAAUAAAAACACCUCAAAGAACAUAGCAAUGGAAUGCAGUAAUGGUACAACUUGUAAGUAUGAAUGUAUUUGAUUAUAUGUGUGAUUAUAAGUUUAAAUAAUUUUAAGAUACCGGUACCCUGAAUUGUCAAAUAUUUGUAACCAAUUGAAACCCUGUAAUUAGAACCGUAAUAUAUACCAAUGGCCUUUUGGGGGAGAGUGUUGUUUGUUUUUUGUAUUUUUAUGUAUGUCUGCUGUAUAUAAAAAAGUUAAAGGAAACUGUGCUGAAGAUAUGUCAGCCUUUAUUCUAUCCAGACCAUACAGUUAUUCAAUUACAUGAUAAUAUGCCAAUGUUUAACAUUUCUCAUUUUAAUUUGAAUGAGCUUUGCCCAUGAGCUGAUGUAGUUUUAUUCUUGGAUGAGGUUUUCAAGAAAAGAACAAUCACCUUGAUUCUGAGCCUUGUGCAUAUGGCAACACCCUUUGACCCUGAUCCUACAGAAUGUAAGCUUGGCUUGUACAUACACAGCUAGGCUUGUACAUAUACAGUUGUGUAAAAAAAAGAAGCUGGAACCGACUGUUCAGCAAUGCAGGAGAGGACUACAUUGAGCUGCUAGGUUGGAAUCUAGUUCUGCUUUGUUUUUCACUGUACUGUGCAUAUGCAACCCUGACUGAUCUAUUGGAUUGGGAGAUUGUAUGCAAGAUUUCCCAUCCCGCCAAGGCUAUAUACAUGAAAGGCUGUCGCAGGAUUAGGAGACUAGAACAUAUGUGCAUGUAGGCAACAUAUUCCCAAGCAAAGAGAUGCAUGCCCAGAGUUGUGCUUGUCACACAAUUGGAGUGAACAAAGCAACCUAUGGGGAUGGAGGCUCCCAGCAUGCAAGUAUAAGAACUACUAUAACCUGCAGCAUCUCUGUGACAACCUCUCACUUUGUUUGGGGACAUGAUUAGCCUAUUCAGUUCAGCUGUUUUGAAACAAACUUUUACACAAAGUUUCAUGCUAUAUACCUUGUAAAGAAUCAUCCGUUUCUGACUUUAUUGCACAUUCUUAGUUUUGCCAUGUUAACAUUUUAAGAGUCCUCUUUAUGAGAUGUGUUUUUUUGCAAUUUAUAUUUUUAAAUAUUUUAAAAAUGUAACCCAAGACUCUAGAGAGAUGAAUUGAGGGGGUUUCAUUUCUGUAAUGACUAUGUUUCCUUUGAAUAAAAAGACAAGACAAGUGUUGGGACUAAGAUGUUAAUAAUUAGAUUAUAUUAUGUUUGCCUAUACUAUGUAAAUUAUUUAUGAUUUUUCUUUUGUGCAAGAGUGUGUGUAUGUGUGUGUGAGAGAGACCAACGAAAACUUACAUUUUGUUUUGCCAAAGACUGUAAAUAACUAUUUAUUUGUCUGCAAGGACAGAAUUUUUCCCAUUUAAUGUCCCUCAUUUAUUCAAAUUCUCCUUUUUAUACAUUUAAUAAUAGACAAUAAACCAUAAAAAGUUUUAUUGAAA